AUGGAGUGCUUGAAAUCAAGACACAUACGGAAGGUCACAGCGGUCCCAGAAGUUUGUGGUAUUCCUAUUGUAAAUGAGGACUUGCAGUAUGGCUCACUUCCUCUAUAUGUGGUUGGGACCUACUCAGCCAUCCAAAUUGGCCCGACAGCAUACAACCUUGGUGGUAUUCGCGAAGGUGCCGACCGGGUAGCUGCAAAACUUAAUCAGUUGGCAGGCGGUUCAUCCGACGAACUGGAGCCAUCUGCUGACGCAGUCACCCUUCUGGUGGUGAUCUUGGGCGUCUCAAAAGGCUGGGCUCAAGAGCCAGCAACACCUAGCUCCGAAAGCUCUGACGCAGCUGCGACAAGCGCCAAUCCCCUUGCGACAGCCAGUUCUCAGGCUAGCCCUGAAACAAACAAUGAAACCACAUCCAGCCCUGAUACGCUUAUGCCAAAGGUGAUGGUCGUGACCUUGUUUGAGCCGGAAAGGAAAGCCUGGAUCGGUCGUAAUUUCACCUACCCAAGGUUUAAUCUGACACAAACCUACUUUAUUGUCAACGGCAUCGCCGGUAUCAACCCUGCUAUGGGGACUAUCGGCAGUGUGGGUUUCCCUAAAUUUGCUGUCCAGUUUGGUUUGCAAUAUGGUCUCGAUGCUCGCGAAAUCCCUUCCAAUUGGACUGAUAGUUUCUGGAACUAUGGUACUUCACAGCCUGGUGAAUAUCCCGGCUGGCUCUAUGGAACUGAAGUGUUUGGACUCAACACAGGCCUGCUUGAUAAAGUUUUCCCUAUCGCAACUCAGGUUCAAUUAAACGACACCCAGCUUGCGAUGGAUCAACGUGCGGCAUAUUCGCAGCCACCUGCCCGUUCCCCUCCUGCUGUAUUCCAUGGCGAUGUUAUGACAAGCGACCUGUAUUUCACUGGUGCCAAGUUCGGUGAUAUGGCAUCAAAUCUCACAUACACUCUUACAAAUGGCACGGGAGCCUACGCUCUCACGGCUCAGGAAGACAAUGCUGUACUUGAGACAUUGGUGCGCGCCCACAAGGCUGGUGUUGCUGACUAUGGCCGCACAAUCCUUUAUCGGAGUGCGAGUGAUUUCGAUCGCGAUUACUUCCAACUGGACGGACUGGCUGCAAGUUCCCAAUUCUACAAUCCUUAG